UAACUCAAUCAAUCGAAGUAGCAAAUUUAUUUUGAAGUCACAAUAAAACACGGAACAAGGAAAGACUACACCCUCCUUGUUUAAAUUGUCAUAUAAAAUCGUUCAAUCAUUCUAUACUGAUACGCAAAUGUAACAAAAUUGUGAUUGAAGAUUGUGUGGCAAUGCACGCGUCGAAGACAAACAAGAGUUCAAUUUCAAAACAAGAAUCAUUGUAAAACAACAUUCAUUCAAUUCCACCUGAAUUGAGUUCAAGCAGUUGUAAGAAGCAUUAUUUGAUCGCUGAUAUUCAUGCUUGUUUGCCAUUUAAACAACAUCAAACUUGUAUAAAAAGACCCACAAUCUUUGAAGUCGAUAUCAGUUACAUCGUACUCGUGCUCACGCUUUCAAACAGCCAACGGUACAGAAAUAUGGCAAAAGUUACCAUCCUCCUUAUUGUUGCUCUUGCUUCAUCAGUUUUUGCCAAACCCUAUGAAGUCACUGAGAAGAAAGCUGGCCAUCCAGUUGGGGAAAUUGCCCCGCUGAAGGGGCUUUCGUUCGGAGCAAACCGAUUUUCUGACGACUAUUUAAUCCAGCUGUACGAAAGGUUCCUGCACAUACAUCCGCUUAAACAUCCCGGAUUGGAAGAUCAGCAUGAGAAGCGUUCAACAGAUGGGGAGGAGGAGGCUUUAGAAGAGAAAGCUCGACCAGAUGCGCAUAAGGAACCGGGUGAUAUGGAGGAAAAGAAAGGUCCCGCUGGAAGCAACAAGACAGAACUAGCCGAGGAUGAAGAACGGCAAGGGUCGAAUGUCCCACCGAAGGAUGCUCCAUCAAGCAACGGAGAAAAGGAAGGAAAAAAGAAUGAAUUGGACGAAGUGAAAGAAUCCGAGAGGAAUGAAUUGAAGCCAAAAACACCAGAAAACCUCAACAACGAUCAACACCGGAAACCAAAUAUUAAGGAUAAAGCUAAGAGCGACGAUAAAGUUGUAAAACAAGAUUAUGUGAAGAAUAUCAAGGACCAGGAAAGACGUUCUCCCCUGGUACAAAUUAACGUCAAUGUAGGGCCGGCAGUAUAAUAAGGACUGUUGUAACAAAACAUUACAAUUAAAUAAAACAAUAAAAUGAAAACCAAUUAAAACUUACCCAAUAGCAGUGCAACAAGUUUGUUUGAUGGAAUUGAUUUCUUUAUUCCAUAUCAGCUUUAGCUUAUUACACAUUACUGACACAGACCAAAUGCGAAAAGUGCGAGACACACUGUAGCUUCUUCUCACUUACGGUACAAUAUUGCCUAACCUUCGUCUUCGCCUGCCAUUACACACACACACA